CCUGAAAAAGAAAGGUAGGCGACCUUGAAGCCUUCAAGUCUAGUGCAUGCAUUUUUUGACACCCACAAUUUUUUCUCUUUCUUUGCAUGCAUAUCUUUCAAUCAACUCCGCCACCGACCUAACUCUCCGGUCGCCGGAGUUUUUCUCCGACCAUCGCAAUUCGAAUUUCCCUUCUCUCCAAAUAGAAAACCAAAAAUCAGAGGAAGAAUUUCUUAGUCUCCAGGGUUGGGUUGUAAGAAAAUGGAUUCCCGGGCGUGCAUGAAUGAGGUUAGUGGGGCAUCUUCAUCAUCAUUGACAUCAAUUGAAUGGAAAAAGGGUUGGCCUCUGCGAUCCGAUGGAUUUGCCACUCUUUGUGCUAAGUGCGGGACUGCCUUUGAGCAAUUAGUUUUCUGUGAAAUGUUUUACUCAAAGGAAACUGGUUGGAGGAAGUGCAAUUCAUGUGACAAGCGUCUUCAUUGCGAUGUAUUGUUUCCAGCUCCUUACUUGAGUUGCUUGACACUAGAGGUGUAAACUGUAUUGGUUGCUGCAGAAGUUCUAAGCCUCACAGCGUAAGACCAAUUUAUUCAUGUUUACAUA